CCUUCAGCAUGUUGCUGCCGAGAUCCAAUACCCAAUGCAGUUCUGCAACUGCUCAGAACACCAUUCGAUGACGACAACGGGCAAGAUAGAUCACCCAACACAUGAAGGAACAUGUGAUGCGAGAAAACGCGUCCAUGUCGACAUUCGCCUCGGAUGAGCUUCCGUAUUCGACGCUGCAUGGACCGUAUGCACUUCGAUUAAAAGCUCCUUGAUGGCGCAUUGUGAGCUGGUUGUAUAAAAGGCAGAGUGGUAUCGAGACUAUCCUCACCGGCUCGACCAGUCCUUUCUACAGCAUGCUUGCUCUGACUCUCCUGCCCGCGAUUCUACUCGCUCUCCGUGUUUCCGCCGGCCCCGUUGUGGUCGACGAGAACAUCGUCAGCCUGCCCAUCGCCCGUCGCAUCAACGCUACCACCGUUGUCGACAUCAAGCAGGCCGACUACGCGCGGAUUGCGAACUUCAAGGCCGGAAAGAGCAAGCGCGUCUCUGAGCCGGUGUCCAACCAGCUUGUCAGCUACAUCGCCUCUGUCGGUGUGGGUAGCCCGGCUACUAGCUACGAUCUCAUCGUAGACACCGGCUCGUCCAACACCUGGGUUGGUGCUGGCAAGAACUACGUCAAGACCUCCACCUCUACCCGGACUGGACGCUCCGUCUCUGUGUCGUAUGGGUCUGGCCAGUUCUCGGGCGAGGAGUACACCGAUCGCGUCACUUUGGCGCGUGGUCUCGUCAUCAACAAGCAGUCGAUCGGUGGCGCCACCAGUGCCAGCGGCUUCAACAACGUCGACGGUAUUCUCGGCAUCGGUCCUGUCGACCUCACUCAGGGAACCCUCGGCAACAGCAACAGCGAGAUCCCCACCGUCGUCGACAACCUGUUCAGCGCCGGAACCAUCUCCUCUGAUGUGAUUGGUAUCUCGUUCGAGCCCACGACCUCGUCUGUGGACAACAACGGUGCCAUCUCUUUCGGAGGCCCUGACUCCAGCAAGUACACUGGCUCGAUUUCGUACACGCCUGUCACGAGUGUCUCUCCUGCCGGUGAAUACUGGGGCAUCGAACAGUCCAUCACCUAUGGCACGACAUCUCUCAUGUCCCGUACUGCCGGCAUUGUCGACACCGGAACGACCCUGAUCUACUUGCCCACUUCUGCUUACAACAAGUACCAGCGGGCCACCGGUGCUGUUGCCGACAACGCUACUGGAUUGCUCCGCAUCACCUCUGCUCAGUACUCUUCGCUCAAGAACCUGAACUUCCUAAUCGGCGGUACUACCCACUCCCUGACCCCCAACGGUCAGAUCUGGCCCCGUUCCCUUAACAGCGCCAUUGGCGGAACUUCCGGCAGAAUCUACCUCGUGGUCGGUGACAACGGCCCCUCCGGCUCCGGCCUGGACUUCAUCAACGGUUACGCUUUCCUCGAACGUUUCUACUCGGUCUUCGACACUGGUAACAACCGGGUUGGAUUUGCUUCCACCUCGUUCACCUCUGCCACCACCAACUGAAAAGAUGAGUCUGCUCGGCAAGUCUCAGAGCAUCGGGAGCUUGUAGACUACAUCCUUUGUAUCCGAAAAGGUGUCAAUUGUUGCAUCAAUCAAGUUUUGUUGACCACCGA